AUGAAAACGGCAUUGCGCCCUUGUGACUCUCACCAGUCCGUCCCACCCAUCCAUCCCACUCCCUGCCGUUGUGUGCUCGUCGUGUUAUGCUUAUCCCUGCUUCCUUCUUUGUCCAAGUUUCUCCCUUCCUUCCAAAAUAACCCACCAACAUUCACUUUUAGCUGAAACUCGAAAAAAAAUCGUAGACACUAAACUCUGAACGGAAGAGUCAGGACAGCAGGUAGGUACCCGUCUGUCCGACAUUACCAUGUUUACGUAUGUACCCUC